AUGAAGUUGAUUUCUAUAACAACAGCUUGUGCAUUUAUUUUAGCCGGUGUGGAUGCUGUAAAAUCCUCUUCCACUAAUGGUCGAUCUCAACUUCCUGGACUUGAAAAAAUCAAACAUGUGGUAUAUUUUAUGCAAGAAAACCGAAGUUUUGAUAUGUACUAUGGCACUAUGAGCGGAGUCCGUGGAUUUGCUGAUCCUCACGUUGGAAUCCAAAGCAAUGGUCUCAAUUUAUUUUAUCAACCUGACUCUCAUUCUACUGAUGUCAAGAAUGGUACCAAGUAUUUACUUCCUUAUAACUUUAAAGGAAACAGAGCUGGUUGUACUGUAGGUGGUUCAAACGGCUGGGUAAGUACCGCCAACCACAAUGCUAUUAAUGGAGGUGCAAAUGACAAUUGGCCAAAUGGAAAUGCUCCUUCAUCUAUGGGAUAUCUUGAAAGAAGUCAAAUUCCCUAUCACUUUGCUCUUGCUGAAGCCUUUACUAUUUGUGAUAAUUAUCAUCAAAGUGUUAUUGCUAGUACUAAUCCUAAUCGUGUCCACUGGAUGUCAGGCUCCGUUCAAGGUCCUCCUAACGAUUAUGUUCUUGAAGACAAUACCGAAACAAUUGGACUUGGUUGGGAAACCUAUCCUGAAGCUUUGACCAAGGCUGGUGUCGAAUGGCAAGUUUAUCAAGAUAAGGACAACUUUGAUGAUAAUCCAUUGGCAUGGUUCAGUUACUGGCGAAAUAUCAAAGAUGGACCUGAAAAACAAAAAGGACUUGGUGUUCUUGGUCUUCAAACAUUCUAUGAUCAAGCUAAAAAUGGUACGCUUCCUCCUUUCUCCAUUAUCGUUGGUCCUACUGAACUCUCUGAACAUCCCAACAAUACUCCUGCUGCUGGUGCAUGGCUUCAAGAACAAGUGGUGAAUGCUGUGAUGCAUGGAAAGAAUUGGGCUGAUACUGCUCUCUUUAUCAAUUACGAUGAAAGUGGAGGUUUUUACGAUCACGUUCAACCAGAAUUGGCUCCCAGCAAUAAAUAUGUCAAGGACAAAUUCAAUGGAAAAAUGGCUCCUCUUGGUUUAGGACCUCGCGUGCCUAUGGUGAUUGUAUCUCCUUAUACUAGAGGUGGCCAUGUCUUCUCUGAUGUAUCUGAUCACUCUUCUACAUUGAUGUUUAUGGAAGAAUGGGUUGGAAAAUUUGCCAAUGGUUCUUAUGCUGCUCCUGCUGUGAAUCUUGAUAGCUGGUACCGGGGUAUAACUUCUAAUUUGGUGAAUGCUUUUGAUUUUGCCAAUCCUGAUUUAUCUAUUCCUAACCUUCCUACCAAUCCCAAACCCGCUGUGGAUUCGACUGGUAAAUGGGACCCUACUGAAAUGUGUGAAAAAUUGACUGAUCCCAAAUCUACUCCUCCUUAUGGUAAUCAAACUUUUCCUACUGUGGAAUCUGGAUCCAAGAAACUCCGUGGCUCCAAUCCUAUUGGUCGUAAGUUGGCACUUAUCCAAACCAAUGGAAAAUCUUUGCAAGUAACUUCAACCGGUAAAAAGUUGAUGGCUCGCCGUUUACAAAAGAGAGAUUUGAAGAAAAAUGGAAUUAGUCCUAGUGCUCAUUUCAAGGCUGUACCUGCAGGCAAUGGCAAGCAAUAUAUGCUCCAAUCUAUCCAACAACCAGAUCACUGUGUCGAUGUGUGGGGAACUGAAGUUCAAUUGAAUGAAUGCAAAGGAACAUUAUGGGAAUUAGAUUAUCACAGUGAUGAUGCUCAUCAUCAUAUCAAACAUGUUGGAUCUGGAAAUUAUCUCAAUCUUGGUCAUAACGGUAAGAUCAACUUGGUUGAAAAUCAUCAUGAUGCUCACUUUGAAGUAUAUUCCAUUACUACCUCCAAUUAA